ACAAAACUAUCGUUCAAAAUGAAGUGUGUUCUUGCUGUUCUUUGCUUGGUGGGCAUGGCUUCGGCCUUUGAAACCACCACUACAGCUUACAACUACCACGAACAGAUCGGUAUCAAAGAAGCUUCAAGGAUCAAGCAAGCUGAGACAGCAUUGGACUUUGACGGCUCCAGAAUUGUUGGUGGUUGGCAAUCAGCUGUUGGAAGCCAACCCCACCUUGCAGGUUUGGUCAUCACUCUAACUACUGGUCGGCAAUCAGUCUGCAGUGCAUCACUCGUGAGCAACAACAGAUUAGUGACGGCAGCUCACUGCUGGUGGGACGGUCAGAGCCAGGCUCGCCAGUAUGUCGUGGUGCUGGGUGUGACCACCCUCUUCACGGGAGGACUUCGUAUCGCUACAAACAAUGUCAGAAUGCACCCAAAUUGGAACAUUUUUAACGCCAAUGCGGACGUAGCUGUCAUCACUGUUCCCUGGGUGGCAUACACAAAUGUUAUUCAGCCUAUUGCCUUAGCUUCGGGAAACCAAGAAUACGUCGGAACAUGGGCAAUAGCUGCCGGUUAUGGAAGAACUAGCGACAGCCAAAGUGGGGUCCCAACCAAUCAAGUGAGACAUGAAGUGCACCUCCGUGUAAUCACCAACGCUGAAUGUCGGAACACAUUCGGUCCAUCGAUCAUCGUUUGGUCAACUCUUUGCACAAGUGGUCAAGGUGGUGUUGGCAUAUGUAACGGAGAUUCUGGUGGUCCCCUCGCUAUUGGAAGCGGAAACGCUAGGACUUUGAUUGGUAUCUCCUCUUUCGUCUCUCCUCGGGGCUGUCAAGCUGGUUUUCCUGCCGGUUUCGCCAGGGUGACAGCUUUCAGCGCAUGGAUCCGUAGCCUUCUAUAAACCUUUUUCUACUUAAUUGGACCAAUCAAAUGAAAAAGAUAUAAUAAAGUUUAUUGUUUUAAGAA